GUCUAGGUCACCUUCCAUUCACGGAAAAACAAGUCACUACUCCCACAGGAUCUGUUUAUAGCGGGGUAGAUUUCUGUACAAGUUUAUGUGGGGUAUCGGUCAUCAGAAGUGGGGAAAGCAUGGAGAAUGCGCUUCGGGCAUGUUGCAAAGGAAUAAAAAUUGGAAAGAUUCUAAUUCAUGGAGAGGGCAAAAGUGGUAGGCAGUUGAUCUAUGAGAAGCUGCCAUCAGACAUUGCAAGUCGCCAUGUGUUCUUGCUUGAUCCCAUUCUUGCUUCAGGCAACUCUGCGGUGAAAGCUAUAUCUGUGCUGCUUAGCAGGGGUGUAGCAGAGUGCAACAUCAUUUUCUUAAACCUAAUAUCAGCGCCUCAAGGGUUACGUGAAGUAUGUGACAAUUUUUCGAGGGUGAAAAUAGUGACAUCUGAGAUAGACAUGUCACUCAACAAGAAUCUACAUGUGAUUCCAGGCAUGGGUGAAUUUGGAGAUCGUUACUUCGGAACUGUGAGCCCCACCACUGACAAUGCUCCCUCUGAAAAUAAGUUCACCAAAGAAAAACUUUGAGAAG